AUGGUCUCCCUUGCCACCCACUAUUGGAACCUCCUAAAACCAAGUCGCAAACGAAACUGGACCGAAUCUACCACAACUAGUGGCCAAGAGCAAGAUGACCCCAAACGUCGCAGAUACAAAUAUUCAGCUCCUUAUCUCAAAACUAAGUGGAAACAACCUACUGGCCCAGACGGCAAGCCUUACCACUGCUAUAUUUGUGACGCCACCGAUCACCUUGCAUCCAGGUGCCCCAAGAAGACAAAGAUUCAAUCAGUCCUGAAUAACCAGAAUAUUCAGUCAGAAAUGGGAAACGGGGAAGAGUCGAAGUAG